AUCGGAUUGUUUUUGUUUUGAACUUUUCAAAUUUGACACAAAUGGCGAGAAAAAUAAUGUUUCAAUUGUUAUUUUUCUAAAGAAGUGCCAGUUGUUCAAAGAAAGUGAGGAUUUUUGUGCUGAAAAAGACGAUUUGUGAAAAUGACAGAGACGCAGCCCCCCUUGAUUCUCUGCAUGGAAAAUGCAACAGGUGAAGAAGUAGCUCUCAGGGUGGAACCUGAUGAUAACUUCCAGAUGUUCCUGGAUAAAGCUCGGGGCCUCCUAGGCUUCGAAGUCGACCUAAACUCCAUAACCAGAAACCAGCCAGUUUCCCUAUCCGAAAACAUAUACCAAUUCCUAUUGAAUACCGAACAAAAUUUACAAGCCGACGACCUCACGCAAAACUUUGAUCAAAUGUUGGACACCAAUGAUGGGGCCAACGAUUUGGUCUAUAUAUUGGACGAUGGCACACAAAUUCGGGCUUCACAAAUACAUUUUGACAAUGAUGAUCCCUUAAUAGAUUUAACAGCUGAAAAAAUACCCUUUGUCAAAUACGCUGAUGAUGUUAACGAUCCGGAAAUAGAUACAAUACAUGCGGAAACAAAGAAAAUUAAUAUAGUCGAAAGUCCUGUUUCAAGAUGGUCCAGCAAAAAUUCUAGUCCCAAAUGCAGUUUUGUUAAUUCUUUACCUUUUAAAUUAGUUUGCAAUAACACAUCGGGAUUCGAAGCUCAGUUCACUAAAUAUUUAGAAGCUAACAAUUCUAAAACGUACGCGACUUUGAACCCUGUGACUAGUCGGAAUAAGUCUCCUAAAAGCUUGAUCAAGGAUAAUUUUAAGAACUACGAUGACAAUUACCAGAGGAAUGAUAAUUUGGCUUAUACUAGAGAGGAGAUUCUGAACAUGUUCAAGGAUUCGCCAAUGACGUCUUUGCCUUAUGACCAAGGCUACAGCGAGAGAAGACAUGUUAGGAAGACUGAUCCUUCAAGACUGGUGCAUAAGAGUUGGACCAAACCUAUUUCCUAUAUUGAUAUAGAUGGAGUUCUUAUAGGAGAAACAGAGAGUCAAAUAUGUUUCAUUUGUGGAAAACAUGUCGAUAACAGUGUCGAUAAACUGUACCUCUUUGAUAACGAAGACCAGAGGGUACAUAGAUGUUCUCCUCAAAAGAAAAUGUCGACGCAGUUGAAGAUUAUAUGUGAAUGCUGUUUGAAUGAAAAUUUUAAACCUUGCCGGAUGAAGAGUGCCAACCAAUUUCUGAAUCCGGACGAAUUUCUGGUCAUACGCAAUAAUCAGCAAUAUAUAUUUCAGAAGGUGAAGAACUUUAAUUUCACCCAUUUAGGGAAGCAUAAAGAUAUGAUGAGUAAACAGGAUUCUAAGUUAGAUAAGGAAGAAUUUGUGAAAGUCGAAAUUGGUUCUGACGGGGAGAUUAUAACGAAACCUAUAGACAAUGAUCCGAGGUCUGAUGAUGUCAUAGUUGUGAAAGAUGAGAAGAAGGACGGUAGUUCAAGUGAUGUAGAGAUUGUAGAGCCGGAACCGGAGAUAGAUAAUAUCAUAGACAAUCUGGAAGAGGCUGACGAGGAAGUGAAGGAGUUUUUAGGGAAGUACCAGUGUGAUAAUAGUGAAGUUACUGAGUUGAAAUGCAGAUUUUGCGAGCAAAUAUUCCCGGAUUUGUCCGAAGUGUUGGUGCACUGUGAAACACAUAAACAUGAUUUGGAAGAUGGCGAUGUUUUCCCAUGCCCACUUUGUUUCUAUGGCUACGCAAAUUUAAAAUGGCUGAAAGGUCACCUGAAAGCAGCUCAUGAGAAAUCCGAACCUAAUAAAAGUUUAAAAGAUGAAAAUGAGCAAAUGAAACAAGAAAAUAAAGAUGAACAAGACACAUCGCCUAAAAGGUCGUCUCCCAUCGCUACACGUACUAGAAGUUCAAACAAAAAAGAUGGUGAUAGAAAAGAUGAAGAAGAUUCUGAAGAAAAGAAUGAACCUAGCAAAGAAGCGCCAAAGCCACCCAUCAUAAAAACGGAAGUUAAGCAGGAAUGCGUGGAUAGCAGUGAAGAUGAGAUCUGGAUCGUUCAAACGGCUGAUGUGGAAGCCACGCAAGAGUUGCAGAAAUUACUCUGUGUUGCCAAGGGCAAAGAAGAUGGCCAGGAAGGUGAAACAACAAAGACACACAAGUGCUUUAAUUGCAGCCAAAUAUUUGCCAGCGCAGAGGGUUUGACGAACCAUAGAUGUAGAAGGCGUGGUCGGAAACGGAAGUCUAAAGAUCUGGGCAAUCUUAUUUGUAUACCUACAGAGGAAGAUUUCUUGAAGAGAGCUCAAGGCCGACCAAGACAAGUAGAAUCAUCCAUAGACAGCGAUCUACUCGUUAUGCGUCCUAGAAAACGCCGCAGCCGGGAACCGACCUCCAACCCUCAAGUGGUGACUUGUCAUAAUUGUAAUGAGUCGUUCACUUCCAAAGUUAGACUUAAGUUUCAUAUGCAGUUCCACGAAUCCACAAACCUCAUUCGCCCAGACGGCCGCUACACUUGCACCGAGUGUUCAGGAACCACCUUCUCCACGGAGACGGAGCUGUUCGACCACGUGCACUUCCAGCAUGACAAGCACAAGCGCUGGCAGUGCCCUGUAGACGGCUGCGGGAAGACCUUCUUCCUCAGGUCAGUUCUAGCUGGUUAUAACACUGGAGUCUACUUGAAGAGUGUCUCCCUAACUCUGGAGUGUUCUGGAACCACCUUCUCCACGGAAACGCAGCUGUUCGACCACGUGCUCUUCCAGCAUGACAAGCACAAGCGCUGGCAGUGUCCUGUCGACGGCUGCGGGAAGACCUUCUUCCUCAGCUACUUGGAGAGUAUCUCCCUAACUAUGGAAUGUUCUGGAGCCACCUUCUCCACCGAGACGGAGCUGUUCGACCACGUGCACUUCCAGCAUGACAAGCACAAGCGCUGGCAGUGCCCUGUAGACGGCUGCGGGAAGACCUUCUUCCUCAGGUCAGGGAAAUAUACUGCUAAGUCUUAUAGGUGCUGUUCCAGAAAGUUCAGCUAUCUUCUCAGGUACAGGGCGACUCUAACGAAACACAGUCGCACUCACACAGACACGCGUCGCUAUGUGUGCGUCACGUGCGACAAGCGGUUCUUAGACAAACAGACUUUGGACGAGCAUGGAGUUACACAUUUACAGAUCAAACCCUUCCAAUGCCACAUAUGUCUAAAGCAGUUGACCCGUCGCUCUCGUCUCCGCAUGCACGUGAGAGCACACGAGGAGGAGUUAGCUCCAACACUGGUGCGAGUCUGUGCUGUGUGCACUAGAGCCUUCAGAGACCAUCGUCAUGCCCAGGAGCAUGCAACAAAAUCAACGGAAUGCAUAGAGGCGUUUGCCAACGAGCUGAAGGAAGAAGCCGAAGAGAUGACCGUUCAGCUGUCUCCCACCAGCGGCCUUGUUAGACAUACCGUGCAGAUUGUGGAGUCCCCGAAACUAUCGAAACCAAUAAAACGCCAGGUAUCGAAUGAAGUGGGCGAGCCGCUACUGUCUCAGCUGGCAGACGAAGCCAGGGCGCUCAUACGAGUCGUCGAGAUCGAGAAGGCCUUCCGAUGCGAGUACUGUGAAGACGUGUUCUACUUAGAAAGCGGAUUGAACAGUCACCGCGCGAUACACAAGGGUGUGAAAAAUCCUUUCACUUGCCACAUCUGUAAAGUUAGCUUUGCUACUUAUUCUAGAUGUACAACCCACAAAACUACCCACGGUUUUUACAAGCGCUCUCUAGCGGACGCUAAGAAGCAGGCCGAUGGGCUGACGGCCGAUACCGACGGCAAUCGAUCAGCCACCGGCAUCCUCGGCUACGGGGACUUUCCCGUCGUCAAGCACUUCUUGUGUGAGCGCUCUCUAGCGGACGCUAAGAAACAGGCCGAUGGUCUGACGGCCGAUACCGACGGCAAUCGAUCAGCCACCGGCAUCCUCGGCUACGGGGACUUUCCCGUCGUCAAGCACUUCUUGUGCGAGGUUGGUACUAUGUGUUAG